CGCGUGAACACCACCUCCCCCGUAUAAAAAAACCCGGAGUUGCGAGGGAAUUUUCGUAUUCCCAUCGCGUUAGUUGUGCCGUUCGCACCGUGCACGACAUGCCUCCUCAGCCGAGCGGUAAGGCCGUGAAGAAGGCCGGCAAGGCGCAGAAGAACGUGCGCGCCACCGACAAGAAAAAGAAGAAGCGCCACAGGAAGGAGAGCUUCUCUAUCUAUAUCUACGAGGUGCUGAAGCAGGUGCACCCGGACACUGGAGUCUCCAGCAAGGCCAUGUCUAUCAUGAACAGCUUCGUGAACGACAUCUUCGAGCGUAUCGCCGCGGAGUCGUCCCGUCUGGCUCACUACAACAAGCGCUCGACCAUCACGAUCCGGGAGAUCCAGACUGCCGUGCGUCUGCUGUUGCCCGGCGAGCUGGCCAAACACCUCCCUGGCUCGUCACCUCUCCUUGGUUUUCGGCCUCAAAAAUACGCCGUGUCCGAGGGCACCAAAGCCGUCACCAAGUACACCAGCUCCAAGUAG